AUGUCUGGCGGGCAAUCAGGCAGGACCUCCCAAGCGAGAGCUGCCAGACGCUCCUUCCCUCGGCUACGCCCUUUCCCGUAUAAUCGCCUCGCCCUCCCACCAGACCCAGAUCAAACGGCGCGCUUCCCCCCUCCCCCGAGUUUCUUUUGUCCAGCUCUUCUUCUUCGCUUCGUCCCGUCGAUAGGCGCAGUAUCCUUCCUUCUCCCGGGCUCUGGGGAAGUUGCUUGUUGCAACGCGUAUUCCAAAUUGCGCUGUCUCAAAGCACUCGGUCGGCCUCGAGGUGGUUGUUCUUCACCACUCGCGCAAAGGGCAUUGGCCGCCCUUCUCCGCACCCGGUGCACCGUGAACUUCUCAUAA